UUGAGGUUGUAGUUGAGAGGGUUCGUAAUACUGUGGUGACUGGCAAUACAAUGCAGUUUGAAUGUAUCUCUUUUUCUGCCGGGGAAGGGAGGGAGAGAUCUGUGUUUUGAAGCGUUAGUUCGUGAAAGAGCGGACUUUGUUCCUGUUCAGUCCAAAAAAAAGGACUCGUUCGACUUCAGUGAUUUCCUCCCACUGUCUCGAAAGGUUCGACAGUAAAGAAACAGACACUGACAAGUGCUACCUGAAAGUUUCCAGAAAAGAUCUGCUACUCUUUGAGGAGUUCUUAGUACUGUGUGGACAUCAUGAGUGACCUUAAGCCUGAAGAUGCAAGCCCAGCUGUUAAUGAAUUGUGUUGGGAGUGCGGUCAGGCCCAUAUGGUAGUAGAGAACCACUUGUAUGACUAUCAAGAUGAGGUGGAUGAUGAACUAGUUUGUCACAUUUGCCUGCAGCCCUUGCUGCAGCCUCUGGACACCCCAUGCGGCCACACGUUUUGUUUCAAGUGCCUGGAGAAUUUCCUGCAAGAGCAGGAUUUCUGCCCAAUGGAUCGUAAGAAGCUUCACUUCCAACACUGUCGUAAAUCCAGCCUUCUGGUGCGGAACCUACUCGAUAAGUUGAUUGUUUUUUGCCCUUUUCGAUUGGACUGUGGGAAGAUGAUGCAACGCUGUGAGUUGGACCCACAUCUCCGUAAUAGGUGCCCUGGCCUGACAAAGCAUAGAGUUAAAAAUGAAAACAAGAGGCAGUCUAGCUUGAAGAUAAACCAAGACACAGCACCAGAUGAUGCAACGAUAGCUUCAGAAGGUUCUGCAGCAUCUGUUGUUUCACUCCGGACAGCUGAGCCUGGACUUGUUAAUCCUGCUUUUGAAGAAGAUCGGGAAGAUGACUUGCCUCGAUUGUCAAGCCUUUUAGCAGAAACGACUAUUGUUGAAAUUCAUCGUGUAGAUCCUCAGGAGGAGCUAGGAAUUCGGAUAGUGGGUGGCAAAGAUACACCACUGUGUAACAUUGUGAUUCAGGAGAUUCUUCGGGACAGCAUUGUUGCUAGAAAUGGAAAGCUUGCACCUGGAGACCAUAUAACAGAGGUAAAUGGUGUGAACAUUACCAGUGUACCACACAGUUAUGCCAUCAAGAUACUGAGGCAGCCCAGCUCAGUCUGUCGGCUCUCAGUGCUGCAAGAAAGAGGGUUUGCCAUUCGAGGUUCUUCACAAGAAAGGAGCAACAGCAGUCACAAGCAGGCUCUGAAUGUGACAUUGCACAAAAGGGACCGAAGUGAACCAUUAGGCAUUAAACUGAUUCGGAAGGCGGAUGAGCCUGGAGUGUUUAUUUUGGAUCUCCUGGCAGGUGGCUUGGCUGCUCGGGAUGGAAAGCUGCGUAAUAAUGAUAAAGUGCUUAUGAUUAAUCAGCAGGACCUCAAAAAUGGAACUCCAGAAAUUGCAGCACAGAUAAUACAGUCCAGUGAAGGAAAUGUUAACUUUGUGAUCCAGAGAUACGCUAGUCAGCAAAGUUCAGAGGUUAUUGAUGAAGCUGGAUCAAACAACAGCAGCCCCCCUCGACAGCGCAGUAAAUCACUGCAGCAUCAUUGCCGUCGACGCUCCCAUUACCAAAAGGACCCGUCACAGAAUUCAUUGUGCCUAGAGAAGACAGUUCCAGUGAGAAAGGAGCCUCGUGAGUCUCUGGGAAUAACUAUUUCAGGCGGCCGUGAAAAUAAGUAUAAGGUUCCGAUCUAUGUGACCAGCAUCCAGCCUGUGGGCUGCCUCUAUAGGGAUGGCAGAAUCAAAAAGGGAAAUGUACUGCUGAGCAUAAAUGGAGUAGACCUCACACAGUUGAGUUAUAAUGAGGCAGUGUCAGUUCUCAAAUUGAAUACAGCCUCCUCUGCAGUGCUUCUGAAGGUUUUGGAUUUGCCCAACCCUGAGAUGUCACCAACAACUGAGGAGCUCAUGGAAGCGGGCAAGGAGAGUGAUUAUGAUUGGUCCCCACUCUGGGUCACAUGGCUAGGGUUACCAAGUUAUCUUCACUGUUGCAAUGACAUUACUCUGCAUAAAAGUAAUUCCGAAAGCUGGGGAUUUAGCAUCGUUGGGGGCGUUGAAGAAAGCCAAGACAACCAGCCUUUCUUUAUCAAAACCAUCGUACCCGGCACACCAGCAUACUUUGAUGGAAGACUAAAAUGCGGGGACGAGAUUGUGGCUGUAAAUGGAGUUUCCACUGCGGGCAUGAGCAAUUCAGCUGUAAUUCCAAUGUUGAAAGAACAGAGGAACAGAGUCACACUUACUGUUGUCUCAUGGCCAGGAAGUCAUGUGUGAAAGUAAAUUGAUGAGACAUUUUCCUCCAAAACUUAAAUCAUGAAGUGGCACAGUACAACCUAGAAAACAAGAAACUGCCCCAAUCUGUGGUCAAAUAGAAAAAUACCAGAUUACCAAAGUGCAUUUGUUAAAUCUCCUUUUUUUUAAACCACAGAGACUUGUGAUUUCACUUUACUCCAGCAAAAGACAAAUAGUUAAAGUAGUUUGUAAAUGCAAUGAGUGAAUCAUGGGGUGAUGGGAUAAAAGUCAAAGUUUGACCAUAAGUUUCCAAAUGAAUAUCCGGUGCAGGAUUUCCUACUUUCAACAAUCUGAAUAAAUUUCUUAAUGCAGUUUUGUGGUCGUACAGAUAAUCCUCUACAAGGGUAUCAUGGUAAUGCUGCUUCCAAGGCAGAACGAAGCAUCUAAUAGUACGGCUCUAGUCAAAUCAAACAUUUCACUUGAGACAGAAAGCUGAUCUUGCAUGUUUGUCAACAACGUACGCAGGUCAGGCUCCAUAUUCAAAUUGUACUUUCCUUGGACCUUGUGACAGUUCACUGGUCUCUAAUCUUAUUUGGUUGUUGCAUACUAAAGGAUACUGCACGAACAUCUGUAUUGAAGCCUUAUAUGCUAAUGCCGCCAGGAACAUUCCAACAAGGUGGGCAUUAGUACCUGGGAGCAUGGAGCAUGUAGAUGAAUAUCAGUUGAGAACCAAGUGGGGUGGGGAGGGGAUGGAGAGAAAAGGAAAUAUUGUAUUCUCUAGUUUAAAUUUGUUAGAAUCAAAGUUUUCCAUAAUACAGAAAAAUCACCAGUGUAUUUUCUUAAAACUACAAGUGUGCAUUCUAUAAUUCUUCAAGUUGUUGCAAUUUUGGCAAAAAUGUUUUUGCACUGGGGCUUUUCAAAAAUGCUGCUGUAAUUGAAAGUUAAAAUUAUAAAACCUAAGAAAAUUGGUUCAUUACUGCCUUAAGAGGUUGUACAAUUGAUUGUGAACCAUAAAUAUAAAUGUAAGCUUUAGCAAAAUGUCUGAAUUUUAUAUAAAAAUCUUAAUCUGCAAAUUGGACUUAAAGUGCAUUGAACAUAAACUAUAUUUAGAAAAAAGUUUUUAAUUUUUUUGUUUUACAAGCACAUUUUACAAAAAAGACAAGUGUAAAUAUGUAGAAAGGUGGGAUCAGACUUCUCUUCGAACUAUUACGCAGAGGCCAUCUUCAGCAUUACUGUCCAUUUUUAGUUUUUUUGUUUUAAAAGGUGCUGUGAAUGCAACUUUUACAGGAAAUGAUUGAAAACAGAGCUAGCUGUUUGGUGUGAGUAGUAUUCUCCAAUGAAGACUACCAACUAAGCAGUUAGUCUUUAGUUUCAGUUCCCUCGGUCUCUGCAGCACCUUCAUCCCCAGCUUCUUUGUCCUCUUUGUUUCGUUUGUUUUUCUUAUGUUUGUGACGUCUGUGACUUUCUCCUUCCUCACUCUCAUGUUGUUUGCUGUGAAAAUAAGUCAACAGUAAAACUUGUGUACAGAACAGUGAGCUACAAGCAUGGAUGAAUUGCUUCAGGAUGGCUCCUAUGCAUUUGAUUUAACUACUUUUGUGAGCCACAGAGAUCCCAGCAAGCUGCCCAUUUCCCAGGCUUCUCAAAGUAAUGGCACAUGAAGAAAAAAUCCCACAAGAUUUCAAAUAAAUUACACGUAAUGUUAUUCAUGUUCAGUUACUGAACUGAGCAAAAUCCCUUGAGCACUGUGUGAAAACAGCACUUUCAAAACACACAGGGAUUUUUUCUCCAGUGAUGUGAAUAUCAGCAUAAAAGUAACAAGGUUGUUUAGUCAAAUAACUAGCUGCCAUUCACUGAUUUUAGCCCAGACAUGAAUAAUGACCACAUGACUGAGGUACUUGGAGUUCCUGUCAAGCCAUCACUUUUAUGGUUGAAAAUUAACUGGCAAAAUUAUGAUUAAUGCUGAAAAUCACCAACUCCUUUUGUUGCAAAGCAUUAUUGGCAUGCAGUAGCUAAUGUUAGCAAAGGGAGUGACCAGUAACAGUGUAGGAAAACAGGACAGACUCAAAGUGGGAGAUGGUGGAGAAAAGGUGCUGCCAUUUGAAGAAUGUGUCUGAUGUGCAACAGAGUGUAGUUUGAGGGGUUGAGAGGUGUUUGUUUGGGCACAAAUUUAUUUGCAGGACAGUAUUUGGAUGCGGCCUUUGCAGAGGUGCAGCUACCAGCUCUCUCUCUCUCUCUCUCUGGAGAGAGAGAACAAUUAGUUUUAAUCUAUACUUGGGAGAGGUUAGAAGAACGAGAGGAGAUCUAAUUGGGAUAUCUAUGUGCUAAAGGGGAUUGACAAAGUAGACUUUGAGCAGAUAUUCUGGACUACCCUACCGGGUAAACAAAAGGUCAUAGUUUUAGGCUAAAGGGUGGUGAAUUUAAAACAUGAGGAAUUGCUUUGCUCAAAGGGUCAUGAAUCUGUCGAAUUCACUACCACAGAGUAUGGUGGAUGCCAGGCAUUGAAUAAAUUUAAGGAGAUAACUCCACUUUCCCGCCUGCCCUCCAUAAAUUUUUAAUUAGUAAUGGGAUGAAAAGUUAAGUUCAAGAUGAGAUCAGCUAUGAUCAUAGCAGGCUUAAAGGGGUGAAUUGCCUACUCCUACUCCUGGUUCUUGUGCUUUUACAAGGAUUCACAAAACUAGCCACAGUUUGGAGGGGUAGCAAUUGGGAAGAGUGAUGAAUUGGAGACAAAAAAUAGCAAGCAAGAGGUUACGUCAAAAAUUAAUAAGAGGAGUCUUGAACCAGUUACAUGUUUUCAGGAACCUAUCAUGAGUGCUUAAAUGAGAAAUUGCUGUAAAGCUAAGUUCAGAUAUGUAGUUUCUGGAAGUGUUCAUAUUAAGUUUGGUGGAGCUGGCUCGAAGGGCUAAAUGGCCUACUCCUGUUCCUAAUGUUCACCAAGUAUAGUGUCAGGUCUAAAGCACAAAAAGGCCCUUCGAGCCCGCAAUGGUCAAAAACAGUCAUUCUAUUCUAAUCCUAUUUUCCAAUAUUUGGCCCAUGGCCUUGGCAUUGCAAGUACAAAUCUAGAUAUUGAAAAGUUGUCCAAUCAGAGAAGUAGAUGUAACAUUAGGUAUUACGUUCCAGAUUUUGCAAUGCAUACGAUAGUUGAGUAUUGGCAGUACUUUGCCUAUUGCAAACGGGUGAAGUGAUGUACCUUUUUUUGGUGUCAAACUUACUGUGAGUAAAUGACUUAACUCCUGUUUUGACUCCAUCAAUAAGGCUAAUCUUAGAAUGGGGCUGGAGAAAUCUCUAUGCAUAUUCUGACUAGUGAGGGUAGGAUUGCAGGAAACAGUAGGAGAGAAGUCUACUCUAGAUUUCUCAACUAGCACAUCAAGGAAGCUCAUUGGAAAUAAAACAAUCUAAUGUGAAUAGAAUGCAUUAAAGGCGAGUAAGAAAAUUCUUGCAAGACCAUUUAAAAUUGUUUCUACUGUGGCUCAUAUCCAUAAUUGCCUCAAUAUUGGAACAAAAUUCAAUCCACACGUGGAUGGAAAAAAGGUUUAUUGGCAGUAACUGCAUUUUCCUUUCCAAAUCAAAUUUUUCUUCAUGCUAUCCUUCUCUCUGUCUUUGAAUACUGGAGCCUAUCAAUUUGCAUAUUGUGUUUUCCCCUUCCAUUGUAUAAAAUUCCAUCAUUUUCUCCCAUUAAGCAGUCUAAGGUCUUCUUUCUUAGGACUAUGAUACAAGUGUUAUUUUGCUUCAUAUCACAACUACAGAACACCAGAAACUGUCAUAAAGACUGCUUUCUGGGUCUCCUAUUGUGUGGGGUCUUCUGUCCCUACUUCUGGGGCAGAAGAUCCAGGUUCAACUUCGGCCUGCAUCAAACAAUGUGUCAUAACUUACCCAAACAGAUUGAUUAAAGCCU